AUGAAGAAGAGAAUGGCUUCGCAUGUCACUCCAUUACAAUUUAUUUGUUGCGUUGUUUCAACUCAACAUUACUUCAUGAUAUUUGACAGUGAUCUUGAAGCACCAAGUCAUCCUCUUGCCGAUACGGAUGCCAAACAGAACAAUUCUGAAACUGAAAUUCGAAGGCUGCUGAACCUAUCGAUUCAGCAUUUGGGCUGGAUAAUAACUCGCAGACAGCUGGCCAGGCAGCUGGCCGGUCAGCUGCGAUACUCAUUUAUAUCCUUAUAUUACUGCAUGACUUAGUUUUCUUUACUUUCAUCAUUAGUUCAAGUUGUGUUGAGCUACAGAGACGACCUUCCUACAUCAUGGCAUGUGUUGCUUCGUGGUUACGUAUAUUUACUGCGAGUUUAA